UAUUCGCCGGUGCUAUAGGCACAAGGGAACGAAGGAAGCCACAAGCAUUGGCUAUGCAUGGCUGACUUAGCUGGCGCGCACAAGUUGAACACGUUCUGGCAAAGGCGCGCAGCCGCAGUUCUAAAGGGAUACGCGCGCCGUAAGGUACUACGCGUAAUGUGGCACGGAUGAAUGCGACUUAACGUACCCAAAUAUACAUAUGUAUAUAUAAUUAGAAGGAAAGGAAUAUUGUGUUUUAAGUGCAAAAUGAAGUUAUUGAUUGCUAUGUGAUAGAAAGUGCGCUACUGGAAAAGCGUAAGAAUGUAAAAAAUAUGCAAAAAAUAAUAAUUGCAUAAUUUGGCAAGUUAUAUUAUUGCGAGUAAUGCGAAAAAAUAUACUUCAACACACACAAACAUACACAUAAGCAAAAAUUGUGUACCUUCUGCCGCAUCCUUAAUUGAAGCGACAAACGUGUGUAGCAGUUAGUGUAACAACAACAACAAAUAAGCAUAGUGAACUCGUGCGCUCAUUUAGCCCUUCGCCGCAGCUGUUAAAUUCGCUUUAAAAGGUCACACACACACAAACAUAUGCACAGUUGUAUGUUAACCGCGUCGUGUUGAGGCGAUCGCGCACGCAAGUGAGUGUAUAGCGCAUGCGCGAGUGUAAACCCAAUGAGUAACUAAACUACCUUCCAACAAAACAAACAAAAUCUACUCAAAUACAUACAUAUAUUUUUACGUAUAUAUGUAUAUAGCCCGACAAUACAAACGCAAGUAAAGGUAUUGCAAUAAGAAAAUUAGGGGGCUCUUUCCUGCUGGCGGGGAGUAGUGAUAAUAGCGGCAGCUGCUAUUUUUUCGGUUACUUCAAAAAAAAAAUUAAUUUUAUAUAUAUGUGUGUGUUCAAAAGUGCAUAUCAACGAAAAUAUUUAAAUGCUUACACCUAUACAUACAUGUGUUGGCGCGGCAGCUGCUUGAAAUGAAAUUGGAUUUGCUGCUAAAAAUAACCUACGCUAUAACAGGAAUACGAUCUUAGGCUAUUUGAAGCCAACGAAAAUAAAAAUAAUAUGUGUAGUGAAAAAAUAUGAGUGUUUAUUUAUUUGAAAUUUUGCUCAUAAUAAACUGAAAGCCGCUUUUUAUAUAUCAAAUUGCGGUGCACUGGUGAAAUUCUGUGGAAAAAAAAUUAUUUAAUUUGGUGUUCACAAGUGAUACAAAUAUUAAAUAUACAUGUAAAAAGUACAUAAUUAUAUACAUAUAUUAAAUAUUAUUCCUCAUAUAUACAAAUAAAUGUUUAAGGCCCUCCCUAGUGUAAAAAAUAUACACAUAUAGCAACAGCGACUACCCUAAAGUUCACCAAAAGUAUAACCAAAAUCAUUACAAAAGUGAAAUUGAGUGCAAAAAUACCGUUAUAAAUAAAAAAAAUCCAUAAAGUUGCAACAAACAACAACAUUAUAUUCCACUACAUUAUUUUUUCGCAACAAAAAGUUCAAAAUGGCCCACAGUCUACAAGGACAACAGUUGCGCAAGCCAACUGCCUUCGUUGUCGGCAUGAACUGCAACCUUUACAUAAUUAUCACAUUGACAAUGUGUCUAGCAGCACUGCAAGUGGCCACCGCAUUGCCAGAGUAUACACACUCGCAUCAGCGACAUCACCGUCAUCAGCAGCAUAGCGUUGCCGCAACAAAUUCCACAGCCGCGGGCAGCAGUACGAGCAGCAGCAGCACCACCGAUACCACUGCCACCAAUGUGUCGUCGUUGGGCAUGCAUCACACCAAUUGGCAUCGCAUCGAAAUGAUGGAUGCCAAUGGCCUGUACUGGCUGGAGUGGUGGUUGAAAGGCACCACCUCGAAGGAGAUACACUUUCGUGCCACUGUCAAUACACGCGGCUUCAUUGGACUCGGUUUUGCGCGAAAGAAUCCCCGCAUGGCCAAUGCGGAUUUGGUGUUGCUGUGGGUCGACGAUCGCACCGGCAAAGCCAAUGCGCUGGACUGUCAUGGCUCUGCAAAGCAUCCCAACGCAGCCCCCAUUCAAGACGAUACGCAAAACUACAAUGUGAUUGAUGGUGGGCAAAAUGGAACACACACAUGGGUGGAAUUCUCACGUAAAUUGGAAACUUGCGAUCCUUACGAUUUGCCAUUGGGGGUUGACACCGUUAAAGUGCUAUGGACAUUCGGCGAAACCGAUCCUAUUUAUGGCGACUUAAAGGGACAUGGUAAGAAUCGCGGUUACAAAUCGCUCAACUUGCUUGGUCCAAUGUUUCGUAAGGAAGUCAACUCUGACACACACAAAUGGGAUGUUACAGUGCAGAAUGUCACAAUUGAGCCCAGCAUGGAUACAUUAUACUGGUGUAAGAUAAUACGUGCGCCCACGCUAAGCGAAAAGCAUCACAUAAUAGGUUAUGAAGCAUUAUUAUCACGUGAGAGCAACACCAACCAACCGCUUGUACACCAUAUGACACUCUUUGAAUGCACGACCAAGUCAUAUCCCGGCUCGGAUCCACAUUCGUGGGAGGUGUGGGUAAAGAGCAGCGGCGCGGUAUGCAACAGUAAUUUAUUGACGCCACACGAUUGGGACUCAUGCAUAACACCAGUGGCGGUGUGGUCUAUUGGAUCGACAGGACAAUUUCUGCCGCAGCAUGUCGGCAUACCGGUGGGCGGCAAGCAAGGCGCUAAGUAUUAUAUGCUCGAGAUACACUAUGACAAUCCACACGCACAGCAAAUGGUCGAUCACUCGGGCUUUCGCAUACAUUACACGAGUCGUUUGCGGCCCAACGACGCAGGCAUUAUGAUUUCCGGCGUCUCAGUUUCGGACACACAGCUCAUACCACCUGGCCAAAAGCUAUACCGCAACAUAGGCAUCUGUGGGCCAUCCUGCUCAAAUGUGAUGUUUCCCGCUGACGGCAUUAAAAUCAUCUCCGGCACAUUGCACUCACAUCAUGCUGGCCGCAAAAUGACGCUACGUCACGUGCGCGACGGCAAGGAGCUGGAGCGCAUUAUCGAGGAUGACAAUUAUGAUUACAACUUCCAGCAGGUGCGUCAGCUGGAACAAGAAGUCGUUGUAUUACCGGGCGAUUACAUUAUUACCGAUUGCGCCUACGAGACAUUGAAUCGCAAACAUCCGACCUUCGGUGGUUACUCAACCAAACAGGAGAUGUGUCUGUCCUUUAUCACUUACUAUCCACGCAUUGAGUUGGCUGGCUGCUACAGCAUGACGCCGGUGCGUGAAUUUUUCGAAACCUUUGGCGUUUAUCAAUUUUACUCGCUCAACAUGACAGAUGUGGAGAAUUUAUUCCUUUACAACGGUAAUGUCCUGGACUAUAUACCGAAUACGAUUUAUGCCAAAACGAAAAAGAAUCGCGUAAAUAUGACGGAUGAAGAGCGACUGUAUGAAGAAUCAUUGCUAAAUAAGCUAAUCAUCUCCGAUCCCGUCGAGUUCCAUGACCGCACAUUUUUAUCACAUCUGAAACAGUUGCCUUGGUCUGAGCCGCUUUUUACCAAGCGCGUCGAGCAAACCAUGAUUACUGGUAAACAUAUGACGUUCUGUAGGGUGUCCAAUGAGUCGCUGUCAAUACCCUCGGAGAUUAUACGCUAUCCGAACUUUACAACGUACGUGAAGGAACCCAGCAUUUGUCCAUUCCAAAUGCUAAUGGACAGCGCACCACUCAACAAGGGCACAGCGAUAACGUUGCAAACCGCAACCGUAGCGCUCUCAAUUGUGGUGCUCAUGCUGCUUAACUGCUACUUAUGCUAGUUUAUGAUAAUUUUAUAUACAUAUAUAUAUAUAUUUAAUAUAUAUGAAGAUAUAUUACACAGUAGUAUUAUUUAGUAUAUCGAAGCAACAAAACAUAUUUUAUUUAUUUAUUUAUUUUAAUUUAAUAUUAUAUACUUCGCUACAAAAAAAUAAUAAAAAAAAUAGUAUAAAUGUCUUAUAUAUAUACUAAUAAUAAUUUAACUAUUAAUAAAAAAAAAUUGUAUCUAUUAUACUUAAUUUAAACAAAAUCAUUAUACAACUCAACUAGUAACAAGUAGUCAUAUUUUCUAAGUAAAAAAACUUAGUACUUAAAACAGCAGAAAUAGUCAUACGUUAUAACUGCAUUACAUAAAACAUUGCAUUUAAGUCCUACUCAUAGUUUAAUUAAAGUCACAUAUUAAAUAAUUUUAUAAAAACACUGAAGUAAUUAGCACUAGAAAUCUCAAUCCAAAGAAUUAGUAUUAAAAAUUCAAUGGCAACCAUGCAUGUAAUAUAAUAACGGUAGUUUAAGGAAUCAACCAAUAGAAAUUAAGCUGAAAAUAGAAAUAAAUAAAAAAAAUUGAUAAAAUUCGAGAUGUUUUUUUGAUUAGUUGGUUGCUUAAAUGGUCCAAAAAAUGGUUACAUUUGAGCAAUUCGCACGACAUCCGGUUCUAUAUUAACAGAAUGGACCCAGAUUUUAUCCGACUAGAGGCUGUCUUUUGGGAGAUGUAACCUCGUUUAAAUCGGUAAGUUUUCUUAGGACACAUUUGAGCUAGUAGUCCUAUUGAGCUCUCUAAAACACUCAAUAAAACUCCAGUUAGCAAUUCGAUAGACAUACCGAAUUUCGAGUACAUGUGGAAAGCGUUGAUUUUAUUUACUAGAAGAAACAAGAUCCCGGUGGCACCGCUGCCGCAAAGGGGAGACAACCAUCUGAAACCGGCGGAUACAGCGAAAUAUCUAGGACUCAUCCUGGACAGAAAGCUUUCAUGGAACUCUAAUAUCGAAGAGAGAGCAAACGAUUACCUUAGUAGACUGCUGUAGAGAAGCUAUUGGCAAAAGAUAGGGUCUCUUACCGAAAGUGGUCCUCUGGUUCUACGACACCAUAGUUAAACCUAUCGUCUUCUAUGGAGUAUAUGUAUGGUGAGGAUUCUAAAAAAAAUACCACACUUGCAACGAAACGCCGCUCAUUAGCAUAUGUGGUACACUAAGGCUCCCUCCAACCAUGACAAUUAACUCCAUUUUGCACAUAGUGCCCGUAGGCAACGUCGGAAGGUGCGAAGUUGCUAUCAGACUCUGAGAAUCAGGGUCCCUAAAAGAACACGAGU